GUAGCAAGGGCAACGUUUCCCAUCUCCGCAAAAGUAUUUCUGAAGUUGUGAAUGUUAGAUUCCACUCUGUGAGACACAUCGAUCUGCAGGUUGAAGAUGAUCUCCAGGCUCUAAGCGUCAGUUCACCAGCUGAACUCUCAGUCAGACUAGUGAAUGGGACCACUUCCUGUUCUGGGACAGUGGAAGCCUUCUAUGAAGGAGAGUGGUUGGGUCUAUGUUCUAUGUGGCGGUGGAGCAUGAGAGAGGUUAAGGUUGUGUGUAGACAGCUGGACUGUGGGAAUCCUGUAGCUGAAUCUAGAGGACCUCUGAUUGAAGAUGGAAGAAGAGGAGUCAGACUAUUGAGUUGCUAUGGAGAUGAGUCUUCUUUUAGACAUUGUGACAUCAGAGGGGGACCUGGUUUCUGUUAUGGUGAAUAUUAUCGUCAUGUGAUCUGUUCAGAGUCUGUGCGGCUUGUGGAUGGAGCUGGUCUCUGCUCUGGGAGAGUGGAGGUGAAGUCCAAUCAGUCCUGGGCCUCAGUGUGUGAAGCUGACUUUGACCGGCAGGAUGCAGAGGUAGUCUGUGGGGAUGUUGGCUGUGGGGCUCCUGCAGCUCUACAGGGGGGGCUCUAUGGAGGAGGUGAGGGUCAGACCUGGGAUAAAGAGUUCCAGUGUAAAGGCAAAGAAUCCCUUCUCCUGGACUGUGACACCUCAGACAGAAAACACAACACCUGCCUACCUGGUAAUGCUGUUGGACUUACCUAUCUCCUGGUCCAGCCUGAUAUCUCCCUGACUGACUCAAUGGGAGGGGUCUCCAGGGGCCACCAGGGGCCCGAGGUGUUCAGGGGCUACAGCUUCACCAUCACCUGCUCCACUCAGCCACAGUACCCAGGAGGCUCCUUCCUCCUCACGUUCACCGGCUCCAACAGAACCCAGACCCAGCCAGCUGUCAAUCACUCUGCUGCCUUCCUCUUCCCUGCUGCAGAUGACUCCCACCAAGGGAACUACAGCUGUAACUGA